UUUUUCCCUAUUUUUAUAUAUCAAAACCCUCUAAAAGAAGAAGAAAAAAAAAUAGAAAGAGCGACCAACAAAAAUAAAAUCGCCGACGAGUUCACCGGUCCGUCAUUCUCCUCCGACGGACAAUAGCUCUGACAAUGGUUUGGUAAUGAUAUAUACAGUAAUAGUAUCAUCAAAAGGGCAUGACUUUCCGGUAAAAUUCGUCAAAUUUGCAAGACCCAUAGUCUUCACUGUUGAUAAGAGUUUGUAAGAAGAAGUGUAGGUCACGACGAUGAGCCUGAUGUGAAAGAGAGACCUUUGUUUUUUAUUCGUUUAUUAUUUACAAAGCCAGCCAAAAACCAAAAACAACGGAGAGAAGAUAGAAGAGACAAGAAGAAUGAGUGUCUCUUUGAGUGUGAUGACAUUCAAUCUUCAUGAUGAUCAACCUGAAGAAAGCCCUAAUUCAUGGGACAAGAGGAAAGAUUUGUGUCUCAGUGUCAUCACCAGUUACUCCCCCAUUAUUCUCUGCACCCAACAAGGUGUGAAGUCGCAGUUAGAUUAUAUUCAGCAGGGUUUGCCAGCGUAUGAUCAAUUUGGCACAUCGAGAAAAGGGCCUCAGGAUCCCACUGAUGAAUCUUGCACCAUCUUCUACAACAAGGAAAAGGUAGAGCUACUGGAGGGUGGAACAUUUUGGUUGUCAGAGUCUCCUUCGGUCCCUGGAAGCAAGGCAUGGGGUUCUGAUGUUCCUUGUAUAGCUACAUGGGCCACAUUCCAACUGAGACAAGUGGAGCCGCCAGGUUUUUCGUUUCAGAUAGUCAACACAAACUUGGAUGAAAUCAGUCCUCGUGCCCGUAGGCGAAGUGCUCUUCUCACAUGGCAACACAUGGCAUCGUUACCUCCCACCUUACCCGUUGUGUACUGUGGAGGAUUCAACACACAGAAGGAAUCAACAACCGGAAGGUUUCUCUUGGGCAGAUCUAGAGAGCACGGUGUGGUAGGGGACAUGAGAGACGCAUGGCCAAGUGCCCGAGUACGAAAAAAUGUGGCCCUCGUAAGAACAUAUCAUGGUUUCAAAGGUGACAAGCAGGGAACGGUCGAGUUCCUGAAGCUAAUAUUCAGAGCUCUGUGUCUCUGCUGGGACAGACAGACGCAAGAUCUACACACGGAUUGGAUACUCUACAGAGGUAGGUCUGUAGUUCCCGUGAUGUGCGAGGUGGUAAAUGAUAAGGUCGACGAGUUGUACCCUUCGUCUCACUACCCUGUGUUUGCUGAGUUUUUGCUUCCUCGUUCUGUAAGAAUGCUUGAACCUACUCCUCCUGUUCCUGCUCCUGCCCAAGAAGAGGAAAGCUAGAACACUUGUUCCUGUCUUUUGCUUAAAGCUUUUGAAAAAUGCUGAUUGUAUUGUUGUGCACAUGAGCUCUGUUUUUCUAAGAGCCUGCUUAAACUUAUUCAAAGGAAAUAACUAUUGUUUAUUUUGUUCUAAGAUGAACAAGAAGCUUAAAAA